ACCCUAAAAUUUUCUUGAUUUUCUUGAAUUUUUUUUUUUCCGUUUUCAAGAAAUUCAAGAAAAAGAGAGAGAUGCUUGAAGUUAGAGCAAUGGAUCAUAUGACUCCUAAAUCACCAGAACCCGAAUCCGAAACCCCGAUCCGGAUCCAACCCGCUAAACCAAUCUCUUUUAGUAACGGUUUCAUCAAACGCCACCACCACCACAACGUAACCGUUACUUACAAAGAAUGUCUCAAGAACCACGCGGCGGCGAUUGGUGGUCACGCGCUUGACGGUUGCGGCGAGUUCAUGCCAUCACCUUCUUCAACACCUUCCGAUCCAACUUCUCUCAAGUGUGCAGCUUGUGGUUGUCACCGUAACUUCCACCGCCGUGAUCCUGACGAUUCCUCCGCCGCUUUACCACCGUCGUCUCUUCCUUUAUCUUCCACCACUACCGCCGCUAUUGAGUAUCAGCCUCAUCACCGUCACCAUCCUCUUCCUCCUCCGUUACCUCGUAGUCCUAACUCAUCUUCUCCGCCGCCUAUCUCUUCUUCUUACAUGCUUUUAGCUCUGUCCGGUAAUAAUAAUAACAAAACCGUACCGUUCUCAGAUCUGAACUUCUCCGCCGCCGCCGCCGCGGCUGGUCGUCAUAAUAAUAACAUCUCCACCACGCCUGGCUCGAGGAAACGUUUCAGGACUAAGUUUAGUUCUAGUCAGAAAGAGAAGAUGCAUGAGUUCGCCGAUAAAAUCGGCUGGAAGAUUCAGAAACGCGACGAAGACAACGUCCGUGAGUUUUGUCGGGAGAUCGGAGUUGAUAAAGGUGUUCUCAAAGUUUGGAUGCAUAAUAACAAAAACACCUUCAAAUUCCCCGGCGGAGGCGGCGGCGCCGCCACAACUGGUAUCAACGGCGGUGAGGAUGAUGGAGUUCGCGGUGGAAGUGGUUUAGCUAACGAUGAAGACGACGGUGGAGGUGACGGUGGUGAUGGUGGAGGUGGGAGAUUUGAGAGUGAUAGUGGUGGAGCUGACGGCCGAGGAAAUGUAAACGCCUCGUCGUCUUCGUCGUGAAGAAGGAAACAUCUUGUCGUUUUUUUUGCAGAUUAAAUAAGGGAAGAAGCUUAAGCUUUGUUAUUAGCUUUUUUUUAGAUUAUAGAGAGAGUAAGCAAGAACUAAGCACUUCUAUUAUUAUUAUCGUUAAAUACGUUUUAUUAAUAUUAAUUAAAACUCUUUUUAGCUCUUAUAAUUUCAUUAUUACCAAUAAAUAUUACAUUCAAAAUAUGUAAUUUUUUCUUCUAUUAUUGGGAAGUUUAUAUCAACUAAA